AUGAGCGCAUAGGGCACGCGCAGCUUGUCGUUGCUGCCGUUGGUGUCCUACCAGCAUCUGUUCCUCUCUUUUUUUGUGGUAUUAAAAAUAGACCGGUGCUGAUAACAGACUUAUGUUUCGGCUACAUCACUUCCCUUCGGGAAUAAUUUGUGCGCCACUUUCAUUUUAAUCACCGAACCGUGAGCGUGAGAGCGCAAAUGCGCAUCGGUCUGCGCAUCUUUGAAUCUUCACAACUACACUGUGGACAAUCUCCCUGACAUCCAAAGACCUCUCCUCCGCAAUCCGACGAGGCUUCUUCACCGCCUAUGGCUGCACAUCGGCAUCCCUGAGCCGCUGGCCUCGUCCCCGGACCCUUCACCCGUCGCUGUCCUUUUAAGGUCUUUGAAUCUGGGAGACAUUUUUUUUUUCAAAUAAUCCUCGGCUGCCUAUUUUUAAAGCACCCGGUGCUAUGCUGGGCCCAUCUCUCUAGAUCCUGUGAUCAAUACACGAGCUCUCCUCCCACAUUCGUCCGACCGAGACCCUGGUACUCUCACCGAGAGACCCAACAAUGCAUCCUAACGCAGUGAUGCUGCUGGCGGUGGCCCUUUUAGGGAACUUGAUGCUGCCUUUCAUCUCGGCUCAAAACGCUGGGUUUGUGAAGUCGCCCAUGUCUGAGACUAAGCUUACGGGGGACACCUUUGAGCUGUACUGCGACGUGGUUGGUAACCCCACUCCAGAGAUCCAGUGGUGGUAUGCUGAGAUCAACCGAGCCGACUCCUUCAAGCAGCUGUGGGACGGAGCCCGCAAGCGUCGGGUAUCUAUCAACACGGCCUACGGCACCAAUGGGGUCAGUGUGCUCGGCAUCACGCGCCUCACACUGGAGGACUCUGGGACCUAUGAGUGCCGGGCCAGCAACGACCCCAGGCGCAAUGACCUCCGACAAAACCCAGCCAUCACCUGGAUCCGUGCCCAGGCCACCAUUUCGGUGCUACAGAAACCAAAGAUCAGUGCCUCUGAUCAGACCAUCCUGUCAGCGGACUCCUCUAGCAAACCAGUUACCCUGCAGUGUAACCUCACCACUGCCCACACUCCUUACCGGGAAAGCUUCUGGAUGAAGAAUGGAAAGGAGAUCAGCAAUACAAGGACAGAGCAGAGGAACACAGUAUACAGAAUCACUAAACCAAGGGCAGAUGAUUCUGGGGAAUACAUGUGUGUUUACACAUUUGACAUGGCACCAAAUGCAAACGCAACAAUUGAAGUAAAAGCAAAACCUGAUAUCACUGGCCACAAGAGAAGUGAAAAUAAGAACGAGGGGGAAAAUGCAAUGAUGUACUGUAAGUCUGUUGGUUACCCACAUCCCACCUGGACAUGGCGUAAAGUGGACGGAACAUCCUACACGGACAUUGACAACUCUACCGGACGCUUCUUCAUCACUAACAGAGACAACUACACAGAGCUGAACAUAUUAAACCUGGAUAUAACUACAGAUCCUGGAAUAUAUGAAUGCAAUGCCACUAACGUGAUUGGAAACACUGCUGAGACCACUAUACUACGGGUGCGCAGCCAUCUUGCACCCCUUUGGCCUUUCCUGGGUGUACUUGCAGAGAUUAUAAUCCUAGUAGUCAUCAUCGUUGUGUACGAGAAACGCAAGAGGCCAGACGACAUUAUUGAUGAUGAUGAACCAGUUGGACCAAUGAAAACAAAUUCAACGAACAACCACAAGGACAAAAACAUUCGCCAGAGGAAUACAAAAUAAGCAAUUUACUCAAGUGAGAUGGCUAAACUGCAUUUUUUUGACAACAUGAAGGUGUCAGCGGUGGAUAGAGAUCCGGGCAGUUUUCAAAAAAGCAUAUCUUGUCUCAUUUUAUGAGAAACAAUAUCAGCAUAACACUGGCAACAAAAAGAACAUAAUGGCUGUCUUAAGCAUGCCUUAUUCAGUCUUACAUGGAGUUUGCAGGAUGACGAAUAAUGACGAAAACCACCACAAAGGUGUACACAUUUUUAAUGUGCUGUUGAUGUCUCCUUUAUUAAUUUUAUCAUGUCCUCAAAUGAGGUGAUCCCUUUUGUAUUACAUAUCAUGUACAAUGCAUGCAAGAUAAUUACGCAAUAGGAUACUCAGAAUAGACAUUUUCUGUUGUUAUCCCUCGUGUGGCUUUUUUGCAUCGAAAAUGACCUAUGUUUUUUAUGGAGUCAUCCUUAACAUACAUAUAUAUAAAUAUAUAUAUAUAUAAAUAUAUAUAUAUAUAUACACACAUAUAUAUAUAUAUAUAUACACAUAUAGUUUGCUUUAUUCUUAAAGAUUUGUACAGCAUAUCAUUGUCAUUUAACUGUUUGAGUUUGUGACAAGAAGUCCUAUUUUAACAGAUCUUUUAUUGUGAAGCAAGGGCUUCAAUGACUGGCAGUAUUUAACUUUAAUUGAGAGUGAUUACAGAAAAUGACUACUGUGUGUUUAACUAUCUAAACUAAAAUGAUAAUGUGUAUUAUUUUUACUUUAUUUCCAGAGUAACUUAGGUGUCUUGUAUAUGUUGAAGUAUGAGUGUUCAAAUGAUAGGAAAUCUGUAAAAAAAUAUUUUUUUUAUAUUUCCCAAUUUCAUGAAUUGAUUUUUAUUUUUUAUUUUUUUUCUCUUUAACUGUAUAGCAUGGCUAUAAUCCUAUGCAAUAUGUAUUCUUAAAUAGAUAUAUGGAGGGCAGUUUGUUUUACUCAGUGAAGCUUUAAUAUUGUGGGAUCACUUGGAAGCUGGCAUAGCAAAAUUCACUGCUGUAGCUGCAUGACUCCUCUUUCAAUACAAUGUAUCCAUGUGUGUUGCGGUGGGAAUGGACCUGCAUUAAGGUGGGAACAGAGGGACCAGAGUAUAUAGCCACGAUCAAACAUGAGUGAGACCAAUACUUUUUUUCUGAAUAAAACGUUAAAAAAUGAAUCUAGAUUUUUGCAAAUUCUUCCUCUGAACACCUAAAUUCGAUGCAACUGAAAACAUCCUCUUUGGGCCAUAUACCAUAACAACUAAUAUGUAACAACAUUUCAUCAUUGGCAGCACAGCAAGAAACCACCACCAGGUACUGCCUACACAAACUGUAUAAGAAAAAACCCAUUGCACUGACUUGACCUAUCUGCCUUCAGCUGUUGUUAAGUCUUCACUCUUGAAGCAAUUUCCGCAGCUCCCCUUCCACCUUCUCCACAAAUGCAGGAAAGCUGGGAUCCAGCAAACAAACACGAAGGAUUGGCUCCAAGUCACCCUGUGCCAAAGAAUCGUGGUGAUAUACUUGAGGUAGAGUGACAGCAGUCUCUCCCAGGAAGUGCUGUGGAUGGUCCAAAGAAUAUUUCAGUGAGAAAAUGGGAAACAGUUCAAAGUGAAUUCACUGAGAACCCUUUACCUCAGUAAGAAUCAAUAAAAACAUUGUCUCCUUAGUUAAACUUAACACAAAUUUACAAUCAAUAUAUUGCACAGUGACUGAUUAAUUUUAGCAGCUGAUAGCUGUGGAUAACCUGCUGUUUGCUUCCUCUAACUUUUAAGAAUGGAUACCUGUGUAAGAUGCUUGAUGGACACUGAUCCUUGGACAACCUCAGCCUCAACUCCAACAGCCUUUUCCUGCCAAGUUUGCAGACACAGGGUGACACACAAAAGAAGAAAAAAGAUUUGAAAAACCCGGCAUGACACCACAGGGUUAAGAGGCCAAUCAAUGACUUCAUUACUAAUUGAAAGAUAUCCACCCCUCAAAGCCCUUUCAUCUUCACUGUGAACUCCUUCAGUGAGUCUGUUUGUUAAAGGUCAAAUUCAACCCUGUGGCAGAGUCCAUUCCUUUCUCAGUCCUUCGUGUUAAAUGUUAUGAAGCCCAGAGGAGCUGGAUCUAAGUUUAACUCAGAAUCCAGUUUCUAAUUAACCAUAUCCUCUUGAGUGUUUUCAAGUUUGAAAGUAAAUAAAAGGCAAGUACUGACAUGAGACACCAACAAUUUCAUCCCUGUGUCAUUUGUAGAGUGUACAUUUCAGCUGGUUAAAUGCUUUGAUGACAAUGUUUUUUCUUUUCCUUUUGUUGUCAUUGUUGUUGGUUUUUAGCUUUUGGACAAAAAUGUUUGUUUUCCUUAUCAACAAUUCGACUGUUACAGGCAAUAUUAAGAACUAUUUUCUUCAGUGGCUUAAGGGGUAUGCCACUUUGAUGGUUGUAUUUAUGAAUUAAUUAUAUUAUUGUUCUACA